AUGGCGACUGCUCAACAAGUCCACUCCAAUGGCAUCUACCACGCCCUGCCCACUUUUCCCCCAGAUGUCAAAGAUCUCACAGCCGUCGUGACCGGCGCCAACGGCAUAUCGGGAUACUAUAUGCUGCGAGUUCUUUCUCAGGCGCCACAGCGCUGGAAGCGCAUCAUCUGCCUGAGCCGUCGUCCACCAUUAGUCGCGGGCGGCCUGCCCAAAAACGCAGAACACAUUGCAGUGGAUUUUCUGAAGAAACCCGAAGAGAUUGCGGCCAUGCUCAAGUCCCACGGCGUCGACCAUGUCGACCAUGUCUUCUUCUUCUCAUACAUCCAAGUCGAGCCCAAGCAGGGACAGGGCCUCUGGAGCGACGCCGAGGAAAUGUGUCGCGUUAAUACCCUGUUGCUGGAGAACUUCCUCUCGGCCCUCGUCCUUGCGCAGAUAAAGCCGAAACGCUUCAUGCUGCAAACCGGCGCAAAGAACUACGGCGUGCACCUGGGCCCGACCAAGCUGCCACAGGAAGAAUCGGAUCCGCGGGUCGAAUUGGAGCCCAAUUUCUAUUACCCCCAGGAAGAUGCGCUGUUCAAGUAUUGUCGAGAACAGGGCGUGGGAUGGAACAUCCUGAUGCCCGGACCGAUACUGGGUGCCGUCCCGGACGCGGCAAUGAACGCGGCCUUCCCCUUGGCAGUCUAUGCAACCGUCUGUCGACACAUGCAUACUCCGCUCGAGUUCCCUGCAGACGCUGUGUCGUGGCAGGCGUAUUGCAGCAUGUCAAGUUCCAUGAUGAAUGCUUAUAUGGAGGAAUGGGCAAUCUUGACUCCGGCGGCGGAGAACCAAAAGUUCAAUGCCUGCGAUAAUAGUGCCUUUACUUGGGAGGCCGCCUGGCCGAGGAUUGCAGGUUGGUAUGGUAUUGAAUGGACAGGCCCCGAUGAAAAUGCGGAGCAUGUCGAACGCGAAACGCGGUUCAACCCGCGUGGGUAUGGUGGGAAAGGCGUCUCACGCAGAAAAUUCACAUUUGCCGAAUGGGCAAAGAGAAAGGACGUAAGGGAAGCAUGGAAGGAGAUUGCAGAGCAACAUCAGCUGACACAGAAGGAGCUGAGGGACGUUGAUCGCGUGUUCGGCUUUUUGGAUGGCACUGUCUGUCGUGCGGCGCCGCUCGUAUUCUCGACAGACAAGGCUCGGAAACUGGGCUGGCAUGGUUUCGUCGACUCUUCAGAAUCACUGUUGGAGGUAUUUGAAGACCUGGCCAAAUUGAAGAUGAUACCUCCUGUGCCCAAAGCAGAGGUCAGCUUCAAUUGA